GGCGUUUGCGUUGGGGCGGACUCUGCGAGCUCCAGGCACUUCGAGGCCCUUUCCUCCCCACCCCUGUCUCCAGGAGUUGGGGUACCGGCCCUCCCUGCAGCUGCCGGGUUCUUCGGCGCGUGAAGCCCCGCGAGGGCUGAGGAGAAGGCUGCGCGCGGCCCCCGGGCUGCGUGAUUCGGGCCGUUGCCCUGUCAGCGCGAUGCCCGGGGCUGCGGCUGCGGCUGCGGCUGCGGCUCCGGGCUCCUAGCAGCGCCGGCUGUGACCGCCACGCGAAGCCCAGCUGGGCGGUUGGGGCCGUUGGACGUUUGUUUUCGCAGCCCUCCCCUCCCCCCUCGCCGAGGCGGCGGGGGUGUGCGUUGGAAGGGGGAGCCCAGAGACUCCUCCCCCUCCCUGUACCCCCGCCCCUCUCCCUUACUCGCACGCACUAUCGCGCCGGCUCCCACAAGCUCGCGCGUCUCCCGCCCCGCGCCUCCGUGUCGGCCGGCGUCGUCCGGGGCCCGCGAAGCCACCAUGUCCACUGCCGCCUCCUCCAGUUCCUCUCAGACCCCUCAUCCCCCGCCGCAGAGGAUGCGGCGCAGCGCCGCGGGCUCCCCGCCUGCCGCCGCCGGGAGCGGGAACGGUGCGAGCGGCAGCGGCGUGGGCUGUGCCCCGGCUGCGGGACCCGGCCGGCUGCUGCAGCCCAUCCGCGCCACUGUGCCCUACCAGCUUCUGCGGGGCAGCCAGCACAGUCCCACGCGCCUGCCUGCCGCCUCGCUGGGCAGCCUCCAGGGGCCCGGCGCGGCCCGCGGCCCCAGCCCGCCCAGCCCGACGCCGCCGCCGGCCGCAGUCCCGGCCGAACAGGCACCCCGGGCCAAGGGCCGCCCGAGACGGUCCCCUGAGAGUCACCGGAGGAGCAGCUCACCUGAGAGACGGAGCCCCGGCUCGCCCGUGUGCAGAGUGGACAGGCCAAAAUCUCAGCAAGUUCGAACAUCUAAUACAAUAAGGCGAACCUCUUCUCUGGAUACGAUAACAGGACCUUACCUCACAGGACAGUGGCCACGGGAUCCUCAUGUUCACUACCCCUCAUGCAUGAAAGAUAAAGCUACUCAGACACCUACCUGUUGGGCAGAAGAGGGAGCAGAAAAAAAGUCACAUCAGCGUUCUGCAUCAUGGGGGAGUGCUGAUCAAUUAAAAGAGCAGAUUGCCAAACUGAGGCAGCAACUACAACGCAGCAAACAAAGUAGUCGGCACAGUAAGGAGAAAGAUCGCCAGUCACCUCUCCAUGGCAGUCAUGUAACAAUCAGUCACACUCAGGCUACUGGAUCAAGAUCAGUCCCUAUGCCACUUUCAAAUAUAUCAGUACCAAAAUCAUCCGUUUCACGUGUGCCCUGCAAUGUAGAAGGAAUAAGUCCUGAAUUAGAAAAGGUAUUCAUUAAAGAAAAUAAUGGGAAGGAGGAAGUAUCCAAGCCAUUGGACAUACCAGAUGGUCGAAGAGCUCCACUCCCUGCUCACUAUCGGAGCAGUAGUACUCGCAGCAUUGACACUCAGACUCCUUCUGUCCAGGAGCGCAGCAGUAGCUGCAGUAGUCAUUCACCCUGCAUCUCCCCCUUUUGUCCCCCGGAAUCCCAGGACGGUAGCCCUUGCUCAACAGAAGAUUUGCUCUAUGAUCGUGAUAAAGACAGUGGGAGUAGCUCACCGUUACCCAAGUAUGCCUCAUCUCCCAAACCAAACAACAGCUACAUGUUCAAACGAGAGCCCCCAGAGGGAUGUGAGCGAGUGAAGGUCUUUGAGGAAAUGGCGUCUCGUCCACCUGUCUCGGCCCCUCUCUUUUCAUGUCCUGACAAAAACAAGGUUAAUUUCAUCCCAACCGGAUCAGCUUUCUGUCCCGUAAAACUUCUAGGCCCUCUCUUACCUGCUUCUGAUCUGAUGCUCAAGAACUCUCCUAACUCUGGCCAAAGCUCAGCUCUGGCAGCUCUGACCGUUGAGCAGCUCUCAUCCCGGGUUUCCUUUACAUCUCUUUCUGAUGACACCAGCGCAGCGGGCUCCACAGAGGCCUCUGUUCAACAGCCAUCCCAGCAGCAGCAGCAGCUCCUGCAGGAAUUGCAGGGUGAAGAACACAUCUCUGCUUAGAACUGUGUGAUCGUCUAAAACAAAGGGGGAGCUGGCCUCCACCCUGUGUGUUCCAUGGAUUAGGAACAAGAUCUCAGACAUCUGUCUGCAUGGAGUGACAAACUUUCUGAACACCACCACCAACAACAAAAUACUUAUCAGCAUAAUAUAGUAUCUCUUUAACACUGAUUUUGGCAGGGACGGAACUCCUAUUCAGCAGUUUUGUGGAAAGCAGUAAUGCUUACAAAACGUGUGUCAUUUGGCAUUUUAAGUGGAGACUAUGCAUUUCAUAGUAUGUUUGACAGAUUAGUACUGUGUCCUGUGUUUUGUUCCAAAUUCUUCAGUAUAAAUAAGCUCUGUAUCAAAAAGUUGCCUGUCUAAAUAGAAAAUGUCUUGCUGUGUUUUGUCCUAUGGAAAAUACUGUACUUCAGGAUUAUGUUUACAAUUGAUCCAGGUGUUUGUUUCUAACUUCUUUAAUACAUACAAUGCAAAAAAAAAAAAAAAAUGGCCACAACAGUUGCACAGUGCCCACCCUAUGGCCUAGCUUCAGGUACUUCAGUUGAAGUCUAAACUCAGGUAACUUGGAAUGUACAUCAUAUUGGGAUAUUAAAUAUUUCACAGCUAAAAAGCUAAAGAGGGAACAUCACUCUUUUGCCUUUCCUUAUUUUAUGUGUUUCCCUUUCCUCAUUACAUUCCACAUUCUUAAUAGAAUAAAAAGUGCAUUCAACCCUAGGAGAAUGAUAAUCCUGGACAUGGGUGAACAUGAGGAGAACCAGCAAAUCUGUGGUGUUUGACAUCCCUUUUGUCAUGUGGUUACAAGUAAAACAACUGUUGCAUUCACUGUUUCAACGUGUGUAAAAGUGGCUUUUGUAAAAGUUCAGGUGUUGCUCAGUUAAGGACUCUUACAAUGUUGCAAAUGAAGUAUUCAUUACUAGACUGUACAUAAACAUUCCACAUUGUGUGUGAUGAACUUUAAAGACAAGAAUGUCUAGACUUAAUUUCAAACCAAGUAAAGUGUUUGACGGGAUGGUUGAGAUUUUUUGUUUUAUGUUGGCCAUCAGGGUCAUAAAUGUUGCCAUUUUAUCUAAAAAUGUAUUUAUGUUUAGUUUCUCUUUUAGAAAUUCUUUAAUGUACAGGUUAAAAAUGAUGUACUUUUGGUUGUUUUCCUCAAUAAGUUUAUAUGAAUUGCAUUCACAUAAAGAAAAUACUUAGGCCUCAUGAAUAGUUUUAUUAAGAUUUGGGAUGUGUGAAGUAGAGAAUAAACCCAAAUAAAUAAUCUUGAACUUGCAGACUUGACAUAGGUUCCCCACACAGUGUGGAGAGAGCCCUCAAUAUCCUGACUGCUCAGUGGGGGGCUUAACUCUCAGGCUUUGUUUUCUGUAGCACAAGGCCAGAAUCCAAAAGUAAAGGGAAGUGUCUGUAUUUUUAUUCCAUUCCUUUCAGUUCAAUAAAACCUAGAGUUGUUUCAACUGCACCUAAGGUGUGUAUGGCACAAUUUUCUUAAGAAUUAGGGGAACAAGGUGCCCACAGUUGAAGGAACGUUUCAGUUCCCUUUAGUCAUUCCUGAGUUUUUCUUUAUUUUCUGUGGAGAUUGAAGAUGGAUGAGUUGAUGAUACAGAAGAAAGCAACACCACUGAUUUUUUUUCAAAGAAAUUAUAUGUAAGUGUAUAUGUUUGUGUGUGUUUUCUGUGUGUAUUAUUUUGUCAUGAUCCCGAUUCUCUUCUUUCCACCAAAGUUUGCAGUAAUAUUCUCUCCUGAAGGUGCAUUCUGGCGCCUUUAAAUUAGUCAGUGUUAUGUUAUAGGAGACUGUCAUGGAAAAAAGGACUCAGUUUACUUUUGCCAUUUUCACAGGGGAACCUUUUAAAAAACAAUCUUUUCAGCAACAGAUACCCUUCACCCUAAUAAUCUCAGGCCUUGAUGAAAAUACUAUAUUUUGUAGAUUAUGGGUAAAGGGAGAAAAUUACUAGUUGCGUAAGAUAAAUAUGAGCUCCAUUUAACUUCUGAUAUCUGGUUUAGCAUUACAUAAUACAUUGAUCUUAUGCUCUGCUUUUGUCCAAAUAAAAUGCAAUAGUAUCAAUUUCAGAAAGAUGGACUUAAUAUGCUUUUCUGGUGAUGAAAUCUGAUGUACGAUAUUUAUAGUGGCGUGCUUUUAUUUUCUCAUGAGAAUCUAAAUAUUGUGUUGUACAUUUGUUCUUAGCAUAUAUAAAAGUUUUGAACCAAAUGUGUUAAAGCUUACGCUUUGCCAUGUAAAUUUCCCAGAAGUUGUUGAGCUCAAAUGUAUCCUACAUCCAGCUGUAGAAAUUCGUCAGAAAUUGUUUAAAUUUUGUAUAUAGUUGUACUGUUAAUUCUAGCCACUGCGCUGAACAGUAUUCGAGUUACCAUACAAUAUGGCUUUACAAGGAAAUGUGUGGCUUUUGUUUUGUAUUUUUUCAGUAUAGAAGUUCCUGUGUCUUAUUUAAAUAAAGUUAUUAGUAAAACUG